AUGGAUCCAAGCCAUGAGGAAUUGAAAAUUGGUAUUAAGACAAUUAUUCGGAAUUAUCUCCGGUUUUAUCCUUCAAGUGGAAAGGGUUUUACUGUAAAUGUUGAUAUUUUCGUUAGUGAUGAAGCUAGGCUUGAAAAGGUUUUGAAGGAUGCUGCCAUGAAAGAGACUGUUAUUUUAACAACUUUAAAUGACGCAUGGGCAGCUCCAAAUUCUGUGAUUGAUCUCUUCCUAGAGAGCUUUAGAAUUGGGGAUCGCACCCAUAGGCUUUUGAACCAUUUGGUGAUUGUUGCCCUGGAUCAAAAGGCUUUUGCACGUUGUCUGGUUAUACAUACCCAUUGCUUUUCUCUUGUCACUGAAGGAGUAGAUUUUCAUCAGGAGGCAUAUUUUAUGACCCCUGAUUACUUGAAGAUGAUGUGGAGAAGGAUUGAUUUCCUGCGUUCUGUUCUUGAGAUGGGAUACAAUUUUGUUUUCACGGAUGCUGAUAUCAUGUGGUUCAGGGACCCAUUUCCACGGUUUUAUUUGGAUGCAGAUUUCCAGAUAGCAUGUGAUUAUUUUGUAGGUGAUUCUGAUGAUGUACAGAAUAGACCCAAUGGAGGGUUUAACUAUGUAAAGUCAAAUAACCGGUCAAUAGAAUUCUACAAAUUUUGGUACUCUUCGCAUGAAACUUAUCCUGGAUACCAUGAUCAAGAUGUCCUUAAUAUAAUCAAGUUUCAUCCAUUCAUCAUGGAAAUUGGUCUAAAGAUGAAAUUCUUGGACACUGCUUACUUUGGUGGGUUCUGUGAACCUAGCAAAGAUUUGAAUCAAGUUUGUACAAUGCAUGCAAAUUGUUGUUAUGGUCUGAAUAGCAAGGUUAAUGAUCUCAGAAUUAUGCUUCAAGAUUGGAAGCAAUUUUUGUCUUUGCCACCAAGUUUGAAAAGAUUGUCAAUUUUAUCCUGGAGGGUUCCACAAAAUUGCAGUCUUGAUUCUCUCAAGCAUUAUGAUUCCCGGGCCCCGGCCCCGGCCCCAGAGAAGGAUGCUCAAGGAUUGCCAGAGUGACUUGACUUGUAUAUAUAUUUUCCUGAAAAACCUUACCUUGAAUGUGAAUUUGUGAACAUAUCUGAUGUCAAUGUAUCUCGGCGACGUUUCUUGUACAUGUACGGCUGGGUCAAUUGACCUUGCAUUUCUCCACCCCCAAGUAAGAGGAAUUUGGGAAAUAGGUGCAUGCCACACAUCUGAAGAAAUGUCUUUUUGGAAGAGAUGCCAGGAACCAGGAAGGAAAGUGCUACGCCAAAACUACUGGUCUGUUGUGGUUGUGAGAAUUUGAACCUAGUGGAAGUUUCUCUUCACAGUGGUAGGACAAGCUUUGUUCCACAAUGGUUGCACAGGAAGAUCUUUUGGACUAUUUCCACUUCAAUGGGAGACCUUUGGUAAUAAAUAUUUCAUCAUGCGUGUAUGCCAUAAGAGCAUUUCACUUCCCAUUCUUCAAAUCAUUUCUUAGCCAAACUGUAUCUAGUUACUCGUCAUCAGUUUUUGUAAAAUUGCUACACCAUGCGCUGUGGAGAUGAGUUACUGUAGCAUUUUUCAUUUGGUGUUUAUUUAUAAAUUCUAAGAACGCUGUCUGAUUA